CCCAGUAACUCCAAGAACAUCCAACAUUCAAUUUAUCCAAAAAGAGAUAGAGAAGAUGGGGCACAGAAAAAUCAAAGGACCGAAAAGAAAAGAGAUUGCAGCAAAUUUCUCUUAUGAGAACCAUUCCUUAUUCUGACCACCAGAGGUGGUGGUCUAAGGAAACUAUUGCUGUGGUAACUGGUGGAAACAGAGGAAUUGGGUUUGAGAUAUGUAGACAACUUGCUGAUCAUGGAGUGACUGUUAUAUUGACGUCAAGAGACGAAAGUGUUGGUGUUGAAUCAGCUAAGGUCUUGCAAGAAGGUGGCCUCACGGAGGUGGCUUGUCAUCAACUUGAUAUAUUGGAUCCUUCAUCCAUCAACCAAUUUGCUGAAUGGAUGAAGGAAAAUUACGGUGGUGUUGACAUUCUGGUAAAUAACGCUGGUGUCAAUUUCAAUCAUGGGUCUGAAAACAAUGUUGAAAAUGCUCGCAAUGUUAUUGAUACAAAUUAUUAUGGCACCAAGAGCAUGAUUGAAGCUAUGAUUCCGUUGAUGAAGCCAUCCGCUGCUGGUGCUCGUAUUGUAAAUGUGAGCUCACGUUUAGGUCGAUUAAAUGGCAAACGAAAUAGAGUAGAAAAUGAUGCUUUGAGGGAGCAACUAAGUGAUGAGGAAUCCCUUACAGAGGAGCUGAUUGAUGGAAUGAUAUCUAAUUUUCUACAACAAGUAGAAGAUGGAAGUUGGAGAUCACAAGGGUGGCCUCAUAGCUUCACUGAUUACUCGGUGUCAAAACUUGCGAUUAAUGCCUAUACAAGGUUUUUGGCAAGGAAGUUUUCUGUAAGGCCAGAGGGUGAAAAGAUUUACAUUAACUGUUAUUGCCCUGGUUGGGUGAAAACUGCUCUAACAGGUUAUUCAGGAAGUGUCACACUUGAGCAAGGGGCUGAUACUGCGGUUUGGAUUGCCCUUGCUCCUGAUCAAGCAAUUACUGGGAAAUUCUUUGCAGAAAGAAGAGAGAUUAACUUUUAGGGUCCAUUCUUUGAGUUGAAAGAGAACGAAAAAAAAGAGAAAUAAAUAACAAAAUGAGAUGAGAUCCACACUUUUAUCUUCUACUUUAAUUAAAAACUAUUAUUCCCUUUCUUUUCACUUACCGAAUGGACCCUUAAAAGGGUUAGUGGAUUGACUUGCUACUAGCUACCACCUAAUUGCAAAGGAAAGGAAACUUAGGAGUCAUAUGAUAACUUAAGGUCUGUGUGUUAAGAGCAAGCAACUCAUUAUAAGAGACUAGAUGUUAUGAUAGAUGGCCAAAUAGUCCAUUAAUGAUUUAAUGUGACAUUGGAAUGGUAUUUGUGACACAGUUUGACCAAAUUAAUGUCAUUCAUCAAGCAUAAUUUCAUCACCAGCAAUU